CGAUUUCGAUUGGUCACUUCUUACUGCUUACUGCCAUUGUAAACUAGGCUUGUGUAGCAAGCGCUUCGAUUUCGCGGGCAAGAUAAAUGUGUGAGGAACAAUGGCUACUACUACACGAGUGGAGGAGUUGAUUAACUAUUUUAAGUCACAUAACAAAAUCCGGGAACAGCAGAGUCACUCGGCGAAGGUGCACAGUGUGGGAUGGAGUUGCGACGGCAAAUAUCUAGCCUCGGGUUCAUUUGAUAAAUCCGUUUGUAUAUUCUCACUCGGGCCCGAUCGUUUGAAGCAGGAGACAACUUUUAGAGGGCAUGGUGGUAGCGUGGACCAAUUGUGUUGGCAUGCAUUUUACCCAGAAUUAUUGUCAACAGCGAGUGGAGACAAAACAGUUCGCAUCUGGGACACGAGAACGCAGAAGUGUACGGCGAACAUCAGCACCAGAGGAGAAAAUAUCAAUAUAUCAUGGUCACCAGAUGGUAACACAAUUGCAGUCGGAAACAAAGAGGAUCUCGUUACCUUCAUUGAUGCCCGGGUGAUGAAGAUACGCGCCGAGGAGCAGUUCAACUUUGAAGUGAAUGAGAUCUCGUGGAACAAAGACUCGGACACCUUCUAUUUGACAAACGGUCAGGGUUGUGUGCAUAUACUCAGUUAUCCGGAGCUUGAACUGUUGCACGUCAUUAAGGCGCAUCCUGGCACGUGUAUCUGUAUCGAGUUCGACCCAACCGGCCAGUACUUCGCCACCGGGUCUGCAGAUGCACUAGUCUCCCUGUGGGACGCUGAUGAAUUGUGCUGCUUAAGGACUUUCUCGCGGCUAGAAUGGCCAGUACGAACGAUUUCCUUUUCGUACGAUGGCCAGUUGCUAGCGGCAGCGUCCGAGGAUUUAGUGAUUGACAUCGGCGAGGUGCAGACCGGUGAGAAGAUCGCCGAUGUUCCUGUGGAAGCGGCAACGUUCACUGUUGCUUGGCAUCCGAAACAGUAUCUUUUGGCUUAUGCGUGUGACGAUAAAGACACUUAUGACAGAAAACGUGACGCUGGCAGUUUGAAAGUAUUCGGCUUCUCCAAUGAUUAAUUUUUUUUUAUUGGACUCGCAUUGUCUUCAAAAUUCUAUAAGUAUAUAUUUUGUUUACUUAGUGAUUUUCACUUAAUGAUAUUACUUAUAAUGUAUUUAUCAUAAUUGACGAAUUGCUACGAAAGACAUCUAUAAGAUACUGUAAGACAUCUAGAAAAAUUGUAUAAUUUCCGCGAAUAAACUCUCAAAGAAAGUGAGAAAUUCUACAUAAAUGCGAUUUAUGUGUAUAAAAUACAAGAUAUUUAUGUAAACACGAAUGUAGAAAUGUAAUAAAUUUAUAUAAAUGA